GCGUGCUGGGAGUGUGUGUGUGGCGACCGACGGCAUACCGAAGUGUGUGUGAGAGAUCGGCAUCAUGGGUGUGGAGGGUAACGACGAGAGUAAUCUGGAACAAGGGCUUCACACGAAAGAUGCAGGCCGUCUUCGCAGAGACCGUCGUCACCGGACAUCCCUCUCUGAACUCAGCCCGUGUCACCAGUGUGGGGUGCGGGUCUCACACUUUCAGCGGCUCUUGGUGACGUUGAUCGGAGCGGACUGGGUCUUCCUCAUGAUCCUGGGCUUCAUCAUGGCAGUGAUCAGCUUCGUCAUGGAUAUCGUCGUCACACUCUUCACAGACGUGCACAGGUGGAUCUACGAUAUUUCGGACAGUCAUGUUUUCCUCCAGUAUUUCGCAUGGGUCUCUUAUUCUAUGACCCUCAUGUGUUUCGCGGCAGGAUUCGCGAGCAUAGUAUCGCCUCAGGCUGCUGGGUCAGGUAUUCCUGAGAUGAAGACGGCUCUGAGAGGAGUCGUGCUGCCGGAGUAUCUGACCUUCAGAACACUAGUGUCCAAAGUCAUCAGUCUGACCUGUGUGCUUGGAAGUGAAUUACCUGUGGGCAAAGAGGGUCCGUUCGUGCACAUCGGCAGUAUGUGUGCUAUUCUUCUCUGCAAGUUCAUGUCGCUCUUCAGUGGGAUUUAUAAGAACAAGGCCAGAAACAAGGAGAUGCUGACGGUCGGAUGUGCUGUUGGAAUUGGGUGCUGCUUCGCUUCUCCUAUUGGAGGAGUGUUGUUCAGCCUGGAGAUCACCUCAAGGUUUUUUGUCGCACCAAACUACUGGCGUGGAUUUCUGUCCGCUACGUUCGGUUCCUUGAUCUUCAGGCUUCUGCCCGUGUGGCACAGAGAGGAAGAGACGCUCACGGCUCUUUACGCCACGAAGUACCGGCUGGACUACCCGUUCGACCUGCAGGAGCUGCCGGCCUUCGCUGCCAUGGGGGUAGUGUGUGGCUUCGGCGGAGCCUUCUUCGUGUUCCUGUAUGGAAAGAUCACUCUGUUUGUGAAGAAGCAGAAAGCCAUGAACAGCUUCCUCAUGAAGAAUGUUUUCUUGUAUUCUGCUUUGGUCUCUGUACUGAUUUCAACGCUCACUUUCCCUCCGGGCUUUGGGCAGUUCAUGGCUGGAAAGCUUACACAAAGGGAAUCCUUAAUUUCAUUUUUUGAUAAUCGCACCUGGUCAAAUCACUGCAUCGUGGCAGACUUUGAUAACGACGAUCACUUAGCGGCCUGGAAGCAUCCUCAGGCGAACGUCUUCAUCAUCCUCACCAUCUUCGUCUUAAUGAAGUUCUGGAUGUCUGCGCUGUCCAUAACCCUUCCUAUACCGUGUGGUUCCUUCGUUCCCAUAUUCGUCAUUGGUGCUGGGUUUGGCCGUUUGGUGGGUGAAGGAAUGGCCACUUUGUUCCCAGAGGGAAUUAACACAAAUGGACACAUAUAUCACAUCGUGCCUGGAGCGUACGCUGUCGUGGGAGCGGCAGCGCUGACGGCAGGAGUCACGCACACCGUGUCGACCGGCGUGAUCAUGAUGGAGUUGACGGGUCAGAUUAGCUACACUCUGCCCAUCUUGAUCUCGGUGAUUCUGGCCAACAUGGUCUCUCAGAGUCUCCAGCCGUCCAUCUACGACACGGUUAUCCGCAUUAAGAAGCUGCCGUACCUGCCCUUGCUCCGAUGGGGACACCGCGAGAAGUGUAAUAUUCAUGUGGAAGACUUUAUGGAAAGAGAUGUUCGUUAUGUCCCACUGAACUCCACCUACAGAGACAUUAACAGGAUCCUACGCUCAGGAAAUCUGAAAAUGCUGCCUGUGGUGAAGUCUGCAGAGUCGAUGCUCUUGCUGGGUUCUGUCGAGCGUGCUCAGUUGCUGGCGCUCCUAAAGCAGCGAGCGCAGGACCGGCGAGGAGGACUUGCUCCCAGCAUGCCUUGCAGCUACAGGGUUCACUUCCAGACGUCCACAGAAGAGUCUCCAUCCACCUCGGCUCAUCCAGACUCCUCUAAACCUCUGAAACCUGUACUGAAGAAGUCGGCUGUAGAUGAAGAAGAGAUUACAAAUCCGUAUGAUUCUGCCAUCAGUUUGAAGAAGCUGUGCUGUUCUCGGCCUGACAUUGAUGCAUUGCAGGACUACCCAGACGCAGAAGAUGAUACGAUACUUCAGGAGAUUGAGGAGUGGGAGGAGCCACAGCUUGACGAGCAGGUGAACUUCAACAACUGCAGGAUUGACCCCGCCCCCUUCCAGCUGGUGGAAGGCACUUCACUGCACAAGACUCACACUAUGUUUUCUGUGUUGAAUCUGGAUUACGCUUACGUCACCGGUAUCGGACGACUGAUUGGUGUUGUUUCACUGAAAGAGCUGCGUAAAGCCAUCGAGGGCUUUCUUCCAGCGGACGGAGUGAGGUUACGACCCAUUCUGGCCAGUUUCAGAGACCGAGGCGCCAGAGGAGCCCGGAUCGAAACCGCUGAGCUCCACAAACUACUGGACCAUCAGGCCAGCUAGAACACCAGAA